AUGGGCUUGCAAGACGUCGAAGCGCGGGCUACCAGGGCCAUCGGUGUGGUUGAUGAUGACGCCAAAGGAGAUCGAAAGCCAUCACACGACGCUUUUGCACGUACAGACGAAGAGGCCUCCUUCGACCUGGCAGCCAAGUUCCUCCGGAUGGACCGCGCAACCCGCCGUGCAAUCGCUUUGCAAUACCAGCCAGACGAGUCUUUCAUGGAUGCGUCCCCAGACGAGCUUUCGCCCAUCACGAUCGAUGAAGGCAGGCGUACAUGUUCGACCAAGCUUGAGGUUCAUCCAACCCUACCAUUCCGCGGCAAGGAGUCAGACUCCAGUCUAAGAUCAAGGAAAUACUGCCGGAGUAUUCCCUCCAUCGACAGCGUCGAAAGCCGUCCCGAAUCGACCAAGGAGACUGCUCGCGAACGCAUCUCGGGCGACUCUGGCUACGGCUCAGAUUACCGUCGAAGGCGUAUUCAGUCUGAGUACCUCCGUGGUGCCGAUGGAAGCAUCCAGAGACGAGAGGCAACGGCCGGGGUUGGCUCUACGGGGACCAUGGUCAAUCCACAGUCACAGCAAGGUCGACAACAUCGUAUCCCUACCCGUGUUGAGUACGAUGAUUCCGAUAUCGAGGAAUCUUUUCCUGAGUCUCGCCAUUCCACUGCCUCGUUCCGCAGAAAUGCCUUGUCUGCCAAACCUGUCGGCGGGAAGAGUGCUGAUGCUUACGGGCAAGCUACUCAGAGACGCCCAAAGCCAUACGAACAAUCACGUCAAGCAAAGGGCCUUCGAAGAGUCAGGGGCAGCACAGCCCUGAGGCCAGAGAACCCAACCAAUUCACCAACCAAUUCGUCGCCAACUCAAAGAUCCAACAAUCAGAUUCCUGACCGCCCUUCUCUCGAAACACUGGACGAUGCCAGUUCAUCAGAACCGGGUGAUCAGCCCAAGCUUGAGACAGACACCACAUGCAUCCAAAAUACCCUCCUGUCGAUGUCAAGGAUGAAACCUCGACCAAGAUCCGAAGUUACACCUCUAUCUAUCCCUUGGUCAGUAGCUUCAUCGCGCCCACGCUCCGAAAUCUUCCUUUGCAUCGCAGAAAGCUCGGAAUCGACUGGUGAUAGCGACGGAAACUCCUCUAUCGAGUCCAGCGUCUUCUCUAUUCCGGAGUCGUCCAUCGAGGAGUAUCACAUCCACCCUGACGACCCCUUUCAGCACCAUCUGAAUGACGCGAUCACUGCCGUCACUCGGCAUUACCGUGUGUGGCAAGUUCAGCAAAGGGGUAGCUCAGCCGGCGAGAAGGGCACCAAGCGAGCAAGUGUUUCGACCCCAGACUCUUCUCAUCACGCAAGAAAACGUCCCCACACUGGCAAGCAAGAUCAACCAAGUUUGGACGAGAAUGAUGAUGCUGGACCAGGCUAUAAACGUGCCAAGUUCCCAACUUCAUCCUCUGCUUCAGGGAGACAGCUUGCCUGCCCUUUUUGGAAGAAGGAUCCCGAGAAUCAUCGCCAAUGCCACAAGAAGGUUCUCAGCAAAAUCAAAUAUGUCAAGCAACACCUCUAUCAAUUCCAUGAGGCGCCCAUAACGUCAGCCUGCUGCGGUGCCGUAUUCGAGACCGAAGACGCCCAUGACCAGCAUGUCCGCGCGCGGCAGUGCCAGAUUAUUCCGGGAGGUGUACAAAGGCAGGGGCUGACCCGCGCUCAAAUUCAGGAGAUUCACCGUCGUGCGGAUCCAAGAAAAACCGAGGAGGAAAAGUGGUUUGCCAUAUGGGAUAUUUGCUUCCCUGGCCACCCUCAUCCGACAUCAGCAUACAUCGACAACGAUCUCUCCGAAGACCUUCGCAGCUUCCCAAGGGACGUUGAUGGCGCAAGUGCCGUCGCUAGGGCACUGCUUCGGGCACGACCAUCUGCUGAUGCUGUCGACGCAGUCCGUACCGUCGCAGUAGCCAGCCUGAGCGGUAAUGUCAGUAUCAUUUUGAGCGAAUAG